UGACGUUUCUAAGUUUCUAGCGUUGGCUUUCCACAAAAAGUGACACUUCUUUAUCACUGCCUGCUGUGAAAGCGAAACCCCUGCCACUAAAGCUGUUCGCUAAUCUCUCUCUCUGUACUUUUAGCGACAAACAGACACACAGGCUAUUUUUUUUCCGUUUCUAAACCCUAAAUAACCCCCCCCAUAUUUUUUAAACCCUAGACACUCUCAAUCUCAGACCAAAACCAAACUAGGGAAAGAAAAAUGGUGAGGAAGAAGAAGCGUGCUAACAAGAAAAUCACAAAAGAGAAGCCCCCUGUUGUGACUAGUAAUGAACAAGCGUUCUUGAACUUUGUUGACCAAAAUGCCAAACAGAACACUGAAUUUAAUGAAGUCGACCAAAAUGCUGGACAAAAUACUGGGCUUAAUGAAUUUUGUGUUGGCAAGUUUGGUGAAAUUGAUUCCGGUUCAGAGUCUAGCUCAUCGGCAUCAUCUUCGAGUGGACAUGAUGGAUCAUUGCAUGUUGACAGUGGUGAUGAACCAGCACAUGAUAAGGGAGUGCAAAAAUCAGUUAAAAAGCGUGGCCGACCUCCUAAGAAAGGGAAAGUAAUAAACAAAGCUAUGGAUGUGCAGGAUAAGUCAUCAAAGGGGUUGCAUUCUACGUUUAGGAAAGGAAAACAAACAGACAUGCCACCUCACGAUCCUACAUAUAACAAGGAAGAAUUGAAAGCUUGCUUUGCAGUGAUUAAGAAGAUAAUGGAAAUGGAUGAGGCCAAGUCUUUCAAUUCCCCUGUGGAUCCUGCUUCUCUGGGAUUACAUGAUUACUUUGAUGUCGUAGAUACACCAAUGGAUUUUGGAACCAUAUGUAAGAAUCUUCAAAAUGGUGUCAAGUACCUAAAUGGUGAGGAUGUAUACAAGGAUGUACAAUAUAUCUGGGAGAAUUGUCUCAAGUAUAACAAGAAGGGUGACUAUAUCGUGUACCUUAUGAAAAGAGUGAAGAAGAAGUUUAUGAAAUACUGGACGGCAGCUGGCUUGAAAAGUGAAAUAGUGACCAAAACAAGUGGACAUUCUCACUUUGUGCUUUCAAAUGACCAUGCUAUAAGGCUUAGCCAAUGUGAUGCUAUGUCUGUGGUCAACCAUGUGGUAUGUGAUCUCAAGCAGAUGCAACAGAAUGAUUUUGGUAUGAUUCACACUCAGUCUCAGGUGCCCCUGCCAAGCUAUAGCCAGCCUUAUCAGUCACAUCAGCCUCAAUCUCAGGUGCCCUUAUCAGGCUACAGCCUGCCUUGUCAGUUACAUCAGCCUCAAUAUCAGGUGCCCUUACCAUGCCAUAGCCGGCAUCAUAAGUCACAUCAACCUCAAUCUCAGGUGCCCCUACCAGGCUAUAGCCAGCCUUAUCAGUUGCAUCAGCCUCCAGGAAAUCCUCACCUUUUGCCUUCUACUGAUCAUUCUAAGAGGCAUAGCAAGGUUGACGCUAUUUCUAUGGGGAGCCACGCGGUCAGCAGCCAGACACGACCAGAUAAUCUUGGCACCAUCCAAGCACUUUCUCAGGUGUCCCAAUAUCACCAGCCUUGUCAGUCACAUCAGCCUCAGCUGAGCAAUACCCAGCCACAGCUUUUCGAGUCACAAGCAGUUGCAGAAAUUAAUUGUGCAGGGAACCAUAUUGUUGGCAAUCAUAUGCAGCAGGAUAAUUUUGGCACCAGCCUGUCCCGAUCUCAGAUGCCCCUCCCAGGCUUUAGGCAGCCUUGUCAGUCGCAUCAACCUCAGCCAAGCACUGACCUACCACCACAACUUUCCCAUUCACAGGCUGGUGCAGACAGUAGUUAUUCAGGACAUUCAAAAUUAGCUGCUCUUAUGGGUCGCUCCAUGAGGCAGAAAAAAUAUGCAACCAGGCAUUCGAUGGUCUCCAUGAUGAGUGGCCCUACCCAUUCCAAGCAGCAACAACCCCAGCCAAGUUCAUGUCAUUUAUGGCAAUCCCAGCAAAGCACCUCCCAGGAACAUGUUGGUGUAGAUAUUGAUGGUGCAGGACAUGCGCCACUGCCUACAGUGGAUUGUCCCAUGGAGCAAAAGGGAUAUGUGCCUGUGUGUCCAGUGGAUCCUGUGGAUUGUGCAAUGGAGCACAGCGGAGAUGUGCCUGGGUGUCCAGUGGGCCCUGUGAUUGUCAAUCAAAGUGAAUUGCAUGCCCAACAGCCCCCAUUAAGCUGCAACCAACCAAAUGUACCACAUCAGCCUGAGUCAAGCAUUGGGCAGCUCUGGCCAUCUCAGCUGCCGACUAGUUUAGAUAUUUCUAGUCCUGGACUAGCAAACACUAGCGGGAGGGGCAGGAGAAAUACACAGAGGAGCUCUGAGGACCUGUGCACCAGAACACCAUUGGUUUCAGGCUGUCGCUCACCUCAGCAGCCCUCAGGGAGUCACAGCCAUCCAGACAGCCCAGAGCAGCCAACACAAAAGACAAAGAAGAGGACUCGAGUUAGAGGCCCCACUCUGUGCCGUGACAUGUGGGACAUGUGUGAUGGUGAACAGUUAGCUGUUCCCAUCAACACAUUGGGGCAGCCUGUUGGUCCUGGAGCAUCUAAGCUAAGUACUUUCCUGGGAACUGUUGCGCGGAAUGGUGAGAUGGCACCCCUUACUUUUGUGGAUUGGUUUGCAAUGCCAGAUGAAAAGAAGGAGAACAUGUGGCAGUUUGUCCAGACAAAAUUUGACAUUGAGCCCGUGUGCAAAACUUGGGUACUGAGAUCCCUCGCAUCAAAAUGGAGGAAUUGGAAAGCAAAAUUGAAGUCUGAACAUUAUUAUCCUCAUAAAACUGAUGAGGAGCGCCUGAAUGAUCGUGAUAGAAGAGUCCUUCCAGAGCAAUGGGCAAUUCUCAUUUCCUAUUGGAACUCCGAAGAGGCACAAUUGCGUAGUGCAAAAAAUAAGGCCAACCGGUCGAACCAGAAGAGUACCCACACUGCAGGCUCAAAGAGUUUUGCAAGGAUACGUGAGGAAGAGAGGACAAAGAAGUCUGAUGGAAAGGAGCCAACCAGGGCAGAGCUAUACAUAAAGACCCGUACUCGUAAGGAUGGACAGCCUAUGAAUAAUGUAGCUGCAGAAAUAAUUUCAAAACUCCGUGAACAAGAAACUCAGAAACAACAGACUUCAAAUGACAGUAAUGACUGGGAUGAUGCUUUCUUCCAAGUUAUGGGAGAAGAAAAAAAUGGCCAUGUGCGCACAUAUGGGUUGGGUCCUAACCCUUCUGAUCUUUGGGGCCAAAAACUUGGCCAUAUUGAGCUCAUCAGGAUCGCAUCUGAGGCCAAAAAAUCAGCUAAUGAAGAGGUAAGCAAGAUGUUGGGUAAAAUGGAGGCCAUGGAGAAGAAGUAUGCAAGUAUGGAAACACAGAUAGCUAGGAUGGCUUCAAGCAUGCAGAAUUUCUUUGAGAAGAUGGGUGUCGGUGAACCAUCUAAAGGCUUGGGUUCAAAACAGGCACAAGAACACUCCUCGUCAUCAAGUCAUGAAGUUCCAUCAAAUGAGGUGACAAAACUAUUUUAUCUGCACCCCCUCACCUGGGAAAAACAUAAACAAAAGGCCACUGAUUGUGUCUCAUAGAGGGAAGGAAACGUAAUGAAUUGCCAGGAUUCAGUCAUUUUAAUAACAGCAAACCUCUGGAGUUUUUGGCACAGUGAAACUUCAUAAUGUAGGAGUCCUGAUGUGUCAUUUCGAAAAGAAGAUUGAUUAAUCCAAAUCACUCAGGAGUCGGUUGCUAUAAUCUGCCCAAUUUUCUAUUGUGAAUACUGAACAGUAAAAAUAUUACCUUCUUUUUGCUGCUUUCUAGAGAGAUUGAAGAUGGAAGGUCUAACUUUUGAGGUUAGGGAGAAGUAUUUACAGAGAUCGAAGGUGCUAUUUUCUGAUGAUGUUGGGUGGCAAACAUUGUGAUGCUGUAGUGAGUGAAAUGGGAGUGAAACUAAGAAUAGGAGUUCAGUAAAUAGUGUAGAUAUCUAAUCUAAGGCGAGGUCAAGAACCCUUGUCAUCCCCAACAUGAACACCGUCAGCUGAUUACAAGUGGCCUCCUUAUUUUCUCCAUUUUUGCUUCCCUUUUGAGGUAGGGAGAGCUAGGUUAUGUAAUUGUCCGGUCCAUUGCCGUGUCUAAUUGGGACUUGUAUCUGAAAAGCAUGCCGAGUUUCAUGUAUCAAUUAUGCAGCAUGGUGCUUUCUGUGAACCUCAACAAAGUGCUGAACUAGUUGAAUUUCAUGUUAAAAAUGGAAAAAUAGAUCAUGCCUGCAUUUAGUAGUGUGGGAUGGGAUUGCAGGUGUUGGAACUACAUUACAGAAAAAACUGUACAAGAACCAGAUUCUGAGAAUUCAAAAAGUACCAGAUGGAACAAUAUAAUUAAUCCAUGUAUUUUCAGUUCGCCCCAAAAAUCACAUACAAGUGCAUAUUUUUUGUA